AUGAGCAGAAAUAGGGGAAGAAUAAUUGAAAUAACAGAAAAUUUGUUUUCACAGGGUGUAAAGCGUCCUCCAGAAGCCAUGUUUUUUUCCUACAAAGGUAUUUUAUACCCUGCUUCAAUGAGCAGCCCAGAAACUAUGGAAGCUCUGAAAUCCUUUGAAGCCAGGAACGACGAUGUGAUUAUAACAGGCUAUCCUAAAACAGGAACCAACUGGCUUGAGCAAAUGGUGAAGGAGUUGGAGUCAACAGAUGCCAAAUAUACAGAAGAAGAAAUGAAAGAGAGAAUAAAUGCUGAAAAGAAGCUAGAGACAUUUCCACGUCUAGAAUUUGGAGAUCCUGGGAUAUAUGAGAGGUUGAAGAAACUGCCUUCCAGAAGAAUUAUACUAACUCAUCUGCCACCUCAUCUCCUGCCUCCAUCUGUUCUCCAAAGCAAGGCUAAAAUCCUUGUGCUAGUUCGGAAUCCCAAAGAUACGGCUGUCUCCUAUUACCACUUCUACAACGACAUGCCAGUGAUGCCAUCCUUCGCCUCCUGGGAUGAGUACUUUGCAGCCUUCAUGAAUGGGAAAGUGGCCUGGGGAUCCUACUUCGACCACUUAGUGGAAUGGAACAAGUAUAUCGACCACGAGAAGGUCAUGAUCAUAAGCUACGAGGAACUCAAAGAGGACCAGGUACUGGGAAUGAAAAGGAUUGCUGCCUUCUUUGGAUUCUCCCUGUGUGAGGAAGAUUUUCUCAGAAUUGCCAAGAUGACCACUUUCCAAGCUAUGAAAGAGAAAUCCAAAGAAACCCAUGGACAGUUUGGGGACAUCCUCUUCCGAAAGGGGGUUGUUGGGAACUGGAGAGACCACUUCUCUAAAGCUCAGAAUGAAGAAAUGGACCGAAAAUUUGAAGAAUGCCUAGGAGGAACAAAGCUGGCAGCAAGGAUGAAAUAUGAUGUGUACUGUAAGGCCUGA